CUAAAAAACCAAACCCUAAAUGUAAAACCCAAAAUCUGUGCAGUUGUUCGCUUCUUCCUCGGCAUCUAUUCGCCGUCGUCAGUGUCAUCGCCGGCGUUCUUUUUUUUCGUUACCAGUGUUACUAUUAUUGCUGCCUUUUCCUCUUCCCCAGAAACGCUCUCUGUCUCUAUCUAGGUAUCUGUAACAUCUUCUCUGGAUGGAGAAAAGCUCCUAUUUUUUGUUUGGUGGAACAAACUUCAAUAAGAAGAAGUUUGCUCCAGAUUUUGCUAAGUUUAAGAAUUGUACGGAGGAUGAUGAUUCCAAUAAGAAAGUGAACUUCUUUGUGGAAGAAGAGGACACUGAAGAGCAGAAGGAGAAAGUUGUUGUGUUCUCUAAGAAGAGGAAACGAAGAUCUUCUAAUUCCGUGCCAGUUGAAGGAUUUGAUGUGUUCAAGAGCUCAAAGAAGGCACUUGCUAAAGGUAAAGCAGAAGAAGGAAACACAAAGAAUGAUAUUUUAGAAGAUCCCAAGAAGGAACUUAAUCGUCAAAUAGAGCGAGAUGCUUUGUCGAGGAAACAGUAUAACAUUCAUGUUUCCGGUAACAAUAUUCCACCUCCGCUUAAAAGCUUUGCAGAGUUAUCAUCAAGGUAUGGCUGUGAAGGAUAUAUAUUAGGCAAUUUGGCUGAACUAGGAUUUAAAGAGCCUACCCCCAUCCAAAGACAGGCUAUUCCAAUUCUCCUAUCGGGUCGUGAAUGCUUUGCCUGUGCUCCGACUGGGUCAGGAAAAACCGUUGCUUUUAUUUGUCCCAUGCUUAUAAAACUCAAGCACCCUUCAACAGAUGGAAUAAGAGCAGUUAUCCUUUCUCCUGCUCGGGAACUGGCUGCCCAAACAGCUAGAGAAGGAAAGAAACUUAUUAAAGGAAGCAACUUCCACAUUAGAUUGAUGACUAAACCUCUUGUCAAAACAGCUGACUUCUCAAAGCUGCGGUGUGAUGUUCUCAUAUCAACGCCGAUGCGGCUGAAAAGAGCAAUCAAGGCUAAAAAGAUUGACUUAAGCAAGGUUGAGUACCUUGUCCUUGAUGAAUCUGACAAGCUGUUUGAGCAGAGCUUGUUAAAGCAGAUAGAUUGUGUGGUUAAGGCUUGUUCAAACCCUUCGAUCAUACGUUCAUUGUUCAGUGCUACUUUGCCCGAUUCUGUUGAGGAACUUGCACGUUCCAUAAUGCAUGAUGCUGUUCGUGUGAUCAUUGGCCGAAAGAACACAGCGUCUGAAACCGUCAAGCAAAAGCUGGUUUUUGCUGGAACUGAAGAAGGGAAACUUCUUGCUCUUCGCCAAAGCUUUGCAGAGAGUCUUAAUCCACCGGUACUGAUCUUUGUACAAAGCAAAGAACGAGCAAAGGAACUCUAUGAUGAACUGAAAUGUGAAAACAUCAGAGCCGGGGUCAUCCAUUCCGAUCUCCCUCCGGGAGAGCGGGAAAACGCAGUUGAUCAAUUCAGAGCGGGCGAAAAAUGGGUUUUGAUAGCUACUGAUGUGAUUGCUAGAGGUAUGGAUUUCAAAGGCAUCAACUGCGUGAUAAACUAUGAUUUCCCAGAUUCAGCUUCUGCAUACAUCCACAGGAUUGGUCGGUCUGGGAGAGCGGGAAGGAGCGGAGAAGCGAUAACUUUCUACACGGAACAAGAUGUACCUUUCCUUAGGAACAUAGCCAACAUGAUGAUGUCAUCAGGCUGUGAGGUUCCGUCGUGGAUCAUGUCUUUGAAGAAGAAGAAGUGGAGGAAGCAUAGGCCGAGACGUGAUUCUAUAUCUACUCAACCAAAAGCCGAUAAAAACGAUAAAGAUGUGUAACUUCAAAUUUUGUGUUCUCCUUAUCUUGUUGUUGUUACAUUGAUGAAUUAGUCUUGGUCUUUCGGACCCAAACACUUUACAGUAUGUGGCUAGAAUCGAACGUAGUUGUCACUUGGAUCGUACUACAAAAUACAUAUAUGUACUAAAUUAGAUUCUAAACUAGUUACUAUCCGAUUUUGAGACUUCAAGGUUUUUCAUUUUGAUGUAUUCUCAGAUUCAAUGAUUUCUUAAGAUACAUACAAUAUACCAUAAGUUUUGGUUUGGUAUAA